AUGGAGGACGUGACAAGUUCUCACCUGUCAUCAAGUGAGAUGGAAAAGGGGUAUGACGUGCAGCAAAAUGGGUCAACUGGCGCUAUUCAUCUGUCCACCGAUGAUGAAGGCGCACGGGAACUCCCACCCAUUGAUCGUGGUAUGGAUGCGUGGCUUUUCCUCGCUGCGUGUUUCGUGAUGGAGGCUCUUGUUUGGGGUUUUGCGUUUUCAUAUGGUGUCUUCCAAGCUUAUUACAGUGAAAUGGAUGAUUUCAAGAACUCGGGCAACAUCGCCGUCGUGGGAACCUGUGCUAUGGGAAUCAUGUACCUCGAUCUUCCCAUCGUUUUCGCUGCCUACAGGCAAUGGCCUAAAUAUCAGCGCAUCGGCUGCGGCGCCGGCGUAAUACUUAUGUGUCUUGCGCUCGGCCUGAGCUCCCUCUCCACAAACACCACACACCUAAUUCUGACUCAAGGCAUAUUUUAUGCCAUUGGUGGGAGCAUCGCUUACUCACCCUGUAUCCUCCUGAUGGAAGACUGGUUUGAGAAGCGCAAAGGCCUCGCUUUCGGUGUCAUGUGGGCUGGUACUGGUCUCGGCGGUGUCAUCCUCCCCAUUGUGAUGGAGCAACUCCUCGACCGAUACGGGUUCCGAAUUGCCCUGCGCGCAUUCGCGAUCGCUCUAUUUAUCCUGACAGCGCCACUAGUGUACUUUGUGAAACCUCGCGUGCCGAUCGCAAAAAACAGACCCAGUCCACCACCCCCGAACCUGGGAUUCUUACUUACCUCCACAUUUGCUUUGUUUGAGGCUUGCAAUAUUGUCGAGGCUCUCGGGUUUUUCUUGCCCUCUAUUUAUCUCCCGACCUACGCAGCUAUGCUUGGAGCAUCUAGCAAUCUUCAAGCGUUAACGGUUAUCCUUUUCAAUGUCGCUUCUGUCGUUGGCUGUGUACUGAUGGGUGCCAUUGUUGAUAAAGUUGAUGUGACGACCUGUAUUCUUAUCUCGACGAUAGGAUCUUCAAUCGGCGUCUUCCUGCUGUGGGGAUUCUCCAUGUCUCUUGCCCCACUCUACAUCUUUGCCAUUGUCUAUGGUCUUUUUGCUGGCUCGUACACGAGCACAUGGCCUGGUAUCAUGAGUGAUGUUGUUAGAAAGAAACCAUCUGCUGAAUCCAGCAUAGUCUUUGCUUGCCUUGCUUCUGGCAGAGGUAUUGGGAAUUUAAUCUCAGGUCCCCUGAGUGAGGCUCUUGUUAAGGGCUUGCCUUGGGAAGGUCAAGCGGGAUACGGAUAUGGGAGCGGAUAUGGAUCUUUGAUCGUUUUCACUGGAGUCACUGGAGUUGUUGGUGGUGGGAGUUAUAUCGCGAGAUAUUUCAAGUGGCUGUGA